UCCGGUGUAAUUACAAUUAUAACCUUACUGUUUUUUUUUCCUUCCGUUAGCCCUAUAAGAAGAAGCUCUCGCCGGCGUCUUUACGCCGUCGGCAUCGUACCGUCGUACACCUUGGAGUCCAUCCUUCGUCUAUUGAGAGUAGCCUUUAAGCUCAAAAGGGAUGAGCAACUCACAGUUUCCUCCGCCUGCUUCUCCAUCUCCAGCGACUUCACUAGCUUCUUCAUCUCCAUCUCCGGCGAGUUUAUCAUCAUCAUCGAUGAGGUUAUGGAGACCAGCUGCUCAGCGUAAUCUUAGGAACCAAUGGUCAAAGCUGUCAACUUGUCGGCAACAGUGGCUCGCCGCUAGUUCCGGCGGAAAAUCUCACGCUACUUCGCUCGUCAAUGCGUAUCUCUCCCAAACGUUUGUGCCAACUAUGAAGUUUGGUGUGUUGAGUGACAUGGUUGGUAUCAAGGACAAGACUUUGAAUAAGUUGUCUAAGCAACAGAGUUCGUAUCGGAUCAAGCUUCUAUCUUCCUACAAGGAAAUGGUAGGUGUUGUUGUUGAGAUGGUGAAUGUGAGUUCAUCUCUCAGAUGUUAUAUGAAGCCGAGUAGCGGGUCAAUUAUACAGUUCUCUGGCUCUAAGGAAAGUUGUGAUGAUGCUGGAGAUUGCGGUGGCAUCCCUGUGUUUAACUUUUUGAAUGUCUCUGCAUUUGAGAAGAUGGCCGAUGAGCUUGUGGAGAUGUUCAAACGCGAAGUAAUGCUAAAGAGAUUAAUCGUAAUGGAACUGGUUUCUUUAAGCUGUGAAGUUCCUCAACCGGUGAAGCCUAGUUGGUCAGCUGAGAUUUACCAUGGGGAAUUUGAUGAUCUCUCCAAAUGUUCUUUAUAUUCCAUUGAGCCAAUUCUCCCCAGACUGAGAGAAGAUAAUCUCGGUAUUACUCCUAUAUCGCAUACCCACCAGCCAACAUCGGAAGUAUUGCAGAUUUACUUGACAACUUGGCUUGCAGAGGUUAACAACGACACCCAUAGGAUUGAUGAGAUAUUAGCCACUGUGGGGGAAGAAAUUAAACUCGCCUUCUAAAGUUUGAAAGCUAUUCGUUAGUCCGGCGUCUGGUUAAGUUUCUGUGGACUUCAUUCAAAGCAUGUCUGCUUCUACAAAGCACUAAGUUACUUGAGGGACAGAGACGGAGACAGAUUUUUAAAAUCUUUACUUUUUUUUUGUUUACUGGAAACCAUAGGUUGUAACCUUAUGGGAUUUUUUUUUGUUAUGAGCAAUUCUUCUUUACUAAGUAUACAACUGACUUGGAAUAAUCGUGUGAUGAUGAAUACAUUAAUUAUACA